AUGCCUGCCUCAUGCCUGCUCAAGUGGUGCAUGUGUGAGGAAUGUAUCAUGAAGAACACCAAUGAUAAUGGACCUGAUCCCGACACCCAGCCUCCUGUGCCUCAAGUUGGACAACUCCCCUCCAGCUCCUCCAGCUCAAAGGUGUCCAAGAAGGCUCACAAUCAGCACUUGGUUAAGGCUCUCAAGUUAAUAUCCAACAUUGAGGCUCCUGUCCAUAAAUGCUCCUGCCUCUUACUUGAUAAUUCUGGUGCAUGCAUUGCUGCACUCAGAACAGAGAUGGCAGUCCUCUACAGCAACAUGGAGGGUAUCAAAUGCAACACUGAUUUUGUCAAGUCCCACAAGCAAGAUGCCUUGCCCUCAAGCUUCAGUCAAGGGAUUCUGCACAAUCUUCCACUGGAUUGCAAUCUGCUGUGCAAUUUGACUCCAGUAAAAAUGAUCAACCACCAAUCAAGCAUAUGGAUAUUCGUUGCACAGGUUGCCCUUGUCAUUGGGGUGGCAACUACAGGGAGUCAUGUAAUGACUGUGUAUGGCCAAACAUCGCACCAAAAGAAGUGA